AUGAAUAACAUAAACAACAUCAGGACAUUGUGUGCUGAUAUGGUACAAAAGGCUCGUAGUGGACACCCUGGGGCACCGCUAGGAUUAGCUCCAUUUGUUUAUAUUCUAUAUACAGAGUUUAUUAGCUUUGAUCCCGAUGACGAGAAUUGGGUAGGCAGAGAUAUAUUUCUGUUAUCCAAUGGCCAUGCAUGUGCACUUCAAUACGUUGUGAACUACCUCAUAGGCCGCCUAGACAUAGAAGACUUGAUGAAUUUUAGGCAGAUCAACGGAAGAACACCCGGGCAUCCUGAAAAAAAGCAUCCAGGGACGGAAUCAAGCACAGGACCAUUGGGUCAAGGAGUAGCAAAUGCUGUUGGGUAUGCAAUAUCAUUGAAAAAACUUGACCAUCUCCAACUCGGCAACCGUGUGUACUGUAUAUUUGGAGAUGGAUGCUAUCAAGAAGGAAUAAGCCAAGAAUCAUUUUCAUUGGUUGCAAGUCUUAAGCUAGAUAAUAUAGUUUUUAUAUAUGACUUUAAUAAGACGACAAUAGAUGGUCCAACUUCUCUCUCUAUGAAUGAGGAUGUGGUUCAAAGAUUUUUAAGUUUAGGGUUUGAGGUUGAAGUUGUUAAUGGAGAUGAUUUGGACGGAAUAAGAAAGGCAUUAAAUAAGAAGGUUUCAAGGCCAAUGGUUAUCAUAUUAGAGACGGUGAUUGGACGUGGAAGUAUUGUAGAAGGAAGCUGCAAGGCCCAUGGAUCUCCUUUGGGUGAAGAAGGUGUUCGGAAGCUCAAAGAAAAAUUUGGGAUCCCUGAAGUGGAUUUCUACAUUUCUUCAUCAUUGGUGGAGAAAUUCAAGAACCUUAAUGACAGAAAACGAAAAAUAAGAGCCGAAUGGAAUACCAAGGGAAUUAGAGUUCCAACGAUCCAAGAGUAUAUGGAUAUGCAAAGAAGAAUGGACUCUAUUUAUAAAUCUACAUAUAGGGCACAAGACACUCAGAAAGCCACAAGGAAGCACUUUUCGGAAGCUUUGAAAGACCUUAAGGAAACAAGAUAUCUUAUCGGUGGUGCUGCAGAUCUACAAUCAUCUGUUCUAACAAAAAUAGGAGAAGAUGACUUUAAUUCAGAAAAUUACAAUGGAAGGUACAUCAAUUUCGGUAUCAGAGAACACUGCAUGUGUGGGACUAUCAACGGAAUCGCGUCUCAUGGGUACUUUCUUCCAUACACAGGAACCUUUCUAAACUUCAUUUCAUAUGGGUUUCCAUCAGUAAGACUUGGGUGCAUGGAUAAUUUGAAUCUCUUCUAUGUACUAACACAUGAUUCUAUAGGCCUUGGAGAGGAUGGGCCUACUCACCAACCCAUCGAAGUUUUAUCCACCCUAAGGGCAACACCAAAUCUUAUUACAAUGAGACCAUGCGAUGGGACGGAGGUCAGAGCUUCAUUAUACGUUGCAUUAACUAGAGAGGGUUCAAAGGCUGUGAUGUUAUCUAGACAGAAUGUUCCAGAAAUUCCUCAUUCUGACAUUGAGAAAGCCAAAAAAGGUGCAUAUUACCUUGUCGAGGUGGAAGACCCAGAUCUCAUUUUACUUUCCACGGGUUCGGAAGUCCAAUUGUGCUAUGAAGUAACCAAGGCGUUACCAGAUCUCAGGAUUUCGAUUGUCUCAUUUUUUUCCUGGGAACUGUUUGAAGAGCAAGAAGAAGAAUACAAGAAGCAUAUACUUAAAGACGUCCCAAGAGUUAGCAUCGAAGCCUUGAGUACAUUUGGUUGGACAAAGUAUUCCGACCUACAGAUCGGAGUGGAUACCUUUGGAGUAAGUGGGCCAUGUAAAGAUGUUUACAACUAUUUUGGAUUGAAUUGUAAGGAAAUCUCUCGUAAGAUAGCUGGCUUUAUUAAUAAUAAAUAG